CCAUUAAAACAGAAGAAGAAGCAGCAGCUGUAGGCGGAGGUACUAGUUUGUUGUUCAUACAUUUCAGAUGCAAAGCUAACCGUGUCAGGUUUGCUUCUACACGAAGACUUCUGAGAAAGUCUCUGAAACUUUAACGACCUCAUGGGUGCGACGAAACGAGACCUCGAGGAUGAAAACGGCCCGCCGGUGGGGACCAGCUCCAAGAAGCCCAGGAGACACGUAGCUGCUCUGGUUCUGGCCAGGGGAGGAAGCAAAGGCAUCCCCCUGAAGAACAUCAAGAAGUUAGCUGGUGUUCCCCUCCUGGCGUGGGUGCUGAGAGCUGCUGCUGACGCAGAGAUGUUUGAUAGUGUGUGGGUGUCGACGGACCACGACGAGAUUGAAAACGUGGCAAAGUCCUGGGGCGCCAAAGUUCACCGGAGAAGUCCUGAAGUCUCCAGGGACUGCUCCACGUCUCUGGAGACCAUCCAGGAGUUUCUCAGGAAUAACACAGAUGUGGACGUGGUGUGUAACAUCCAGGCUACGUCUCCAUGUCUACACCCGUCUCACCUUAAGGGGGCCUUAAAGAAGAUCCUAGAGGACGGCUACGACUCCGUCUUCUCGGUGGUGCGGAGACACCAGUUCCGCUGGAAGGAGGUGAAGAAGGGAAGUGUUGAAUGUACUCAGCCGCUGAAUCUGGAUCCUGCGAAGCGUCCGCGGCGCCAGGACUGGGACGGAGAACUUUAUGAGAACGGUUCCUUCUACAUCUCCACCAGGGACUUGAUCCUGAACGAGGGGCGUUUGCAGGGCGGUAAGGUAGGCUACCAUGAGAUGGAGGCAGAGCACAGCGUGGACAUAGAUGUGGACAUCGACUGGCCUGUAGCAGAGCAGAGGGUCCGCAGGUAUGGCUACUUUGGUCGUGGGGUGUCCCUGAUGUUCUGUAAGGUUUCUGGAUGUUUAACAGAUGGAAGGGUGUCCCUGUCUGCGUCUGGAGAGGACACGGUGUCCAUCCACUACAAGGACACAACAGGAAUCGGGAUGCUGAAGAAAGACGAUGUAGAGGUGGUGCUGCUAAUUUCCAGAGAUGAUCUGGUCACACAGUCGUUGGCCGACAAGCUGAAGAAGGUAACAGGCUGUGAGGUCAUGUUGGUGGAGGAGGACCCUCUGAAAGACCUGCAGUCAGUUGUGAGAAAGAAGAAGAUGGACUGGAAGGAUGUGGCCUUCAUGGGUAACGAAACAGCAGAUGCCAGCUGUUUGAAGCUGGCAGGUUUGAGUGCAGUUCCUGCAGACGCUUGUAAAGAUGCCUCUGAUGCCGCCAAGUACACCUGCCGCCUCCUCGGCGGGGCGGGAGCUGUGAAGGAGUUUGCUGAACACGUUCUUCUGCAGAAACAAAAGGCAAAGUCUCAGAUGAAGCAGGACCGAAUCGACCGCAACAACUUCUAGAGUAUAAAUAUUAAAGAAAACCGUAAAUGUAAAUUCAUAUUAUUGCAUGACAUUUUCUAUCCUCUUCACCUCUUUCAGACUCCAGGUUAUGAAGAUACAUGUGGCCAAAUAAGCUACGCGUGCAAUCCUCAGACCAUUUUCAGUUCUAAUGAACUUUUCUCAGAAACCUGAGAUAAAUCUGUCCUAAAGUCAUGAAAUAGUUUCUACAAAGAUUAAGACCUUAAAGGUGUGGAACACUGAAAACCCAUGUUUAAUGAUUAUUUCUCAUAUGAGUGUUUCAUGCAGGCUGAACAUGAAAAUAGUCUCCUACACCUAUCUCCUGCUUUAGCUUCUGAUAGAAAAUAGACGGUCAAACUCUAGGAUUAGAAAAUCCUGACAGAUCUACAUCACACUGUCACUUAACAUUCAUGUAGUAGCAAUUAAUACAUAUUAAUUAUGACCAGUAAGAUGUGAUAUUCCAUACAAAUAUGAAAUAUCAAUCUGAUUGAUCUUUGAAUGUUUAAUCAGAAGAUUCUAGGGUUCUUUGCUUAUUCAGAGAUCAUAAACACACUUCGUAUUAAUUCAGACAGAGUCAAGUAUAUAGUUUAUAAAAUGUAUUUAUUUAUUUUUCCUAAACUAAUGAUACAUGGCAAGAUAUGAAUAAUGAGACGUGGUGUGGAGGAUGUGAUGUGCUGUGAUGGAAGCUAGAUGUUGUAGCAACCGUUCUUUGGAUCUGAGAGAAAUGGUGAAAUCUGGGUGUAAAAGAAGUUUACACCCAUUGUUUGUUAUAAACUAGAGAGUUAGUUAUUGAUAAAAACCUCAUCAGACACCAGUAUGCAGGCUUACGAUACCCUGGUAUGAGUUGCUCCCGGCGGUCCGGAGGGUUGCGGUCAGAGUGGUGAGGUCACCGGACGUCGAAACCACGAUACUCAGAGAUUCGUAGCUUCCUCUGAGUUCAGCUUCCCCGGCCAUGAGAUGCAACCCGGGGUCUGCAGAUGAGGUGUCCAAGGUGGAUGUCUGAGAGCUGAAGUAGCUCUGAAAAGAGCUGUUGUGUCUGUAUUCACUUGCAGCGUCGCAGAAAGGUUUUGACUUAAGGUCGAAGGAGAUGGUUUCAAAAGAGGCUUCUUUCCCGAUUUGGCCGAAUCGAGGCUCAGUUGGAAAUUGAAUUACUCCGGAUGUCAUUCUUGUUUCUUUUUUUAACUACUUUGUUCUGAUUUCUGGCCAAGUUUGGCAAAUCAGAAUUUGACACGUUUCUGAGUAUUUACCAAUGUAAUGGUUAAAGAGUUACAAUUUAAUUAAAUGACCAUAGACAUUAAAGGUCCAUAUCUAGUAUGGACCCCAUCUAAUGGACACAGGGAUAUUUAAUCAGAAGAUUGGUUCUUUUCAUUACAGGGAAAUUUAAAUAAACACUUUGCAUGAACUGAGAGACGAGAAGAGAGAGAGACUUCCAAACGUUUAAGAAAAUUUAUUAUCUUAAUGAUUUUAAACAGUUUAACAGAACUAACUCUCUAAUGAUGGAUGCUCGUGGAAUAGAAUGUGAGGUGAAGUGUGUGUGUUGGUGCGAUGUCAGUUCAGAACCUCCGUUUUGGAGAAGCGAGUCUGAGUGGGAGAUAAUGUUUUGCUCCUAACUGAUCAACGUUUGAACCGUGGUCAUAAACACAUGAGACGCCAUUUGUCGCAUCUACAUACCCUUCAGUGAGACUCCCGUACAGAUCAGGCUGCCAGGUCCACGGACUCUCCUCUGGUACUGGAGCCGAUGAAACGGCGUUGACAGCACGGCAAACCAGUCUUUGGAUAGUCUCCAGGUAAAAAGCGACAGGUGUUUCACAGUGUCAAAGGGACCCCCCCUUUGGGUCAGCGGGGUCAGCUUUUAUUCUGAAGGAACCGUUGUUUUGUUGAUAACAACGACAGGAUUUCCCAGCUUGGCAGUUCUAGCUUAAAAAGAAAAGUAUAGACGGCCGGUCCAUACUUCACUUAACAUGCGGUGAACUUCAGGGGAUCUCGAGAUCUGGCUGAAUACUUAACUUAAAAUGGCGUUGCGCUGUUUUAUUAAUCUUGAUGUUUAUGAUUCUGGACGAAUCACAGCUGACAGAUUAAAUAAACACCACAGAGACUCUGCCACGCUUCAGACAUGAAGGUUCUGAUUGGUUUUGCGGCAGCAAUGUGUCGUGAUUAUUUACCUUAAUGUAUCAGCGUGUCUAGUGGCUAGAAUAAGUCAUUUACUUAUUAAAACAUGAAUCAUAACAUUGUGAUUUCACAGAUCGGUCACAUGGUUAUUAUUGACUAACCGUUGUUUUGAUUAGCUUUUAUUGAAAAUAGAGUUCUUUGGUUUUUUAAUAAAACAAAGGAAAGCAGUCUUCAUCUUCUGUCUUCAUCGCUGGAAUGUAAACAGUUUAGAAGUGACUGCUUGACCUUGAGGCUGUUUCAUGCACUCUGGCCCUGCGUCAAAGGGACUGUGGAAAAGAUGAAAUAAUCUUGGCUGGAACAGCUCCUUCAUCACGUUACACCAACAUCCCUCAGAAAGCCACGCCUUCCUUCAGAUACAAAAAUGUUUUUAACCGUAACAUGUAUCUUAUUGUAAUGUGUAUGAGUGUAAACAAUGAUUAACUUGUUAAACACAUACUAAUUUGUGAUAUAAAUGGAUCAUUGUAAGAACAAUAUUAGUUUUAAAUUCAUUUAUUUAAGCACAGAUUAUUCAAACAUUUGAUUUAAACAUCUUGUUCAUUCAUCAUAUAUGAUUAUUUAACUUAUAACUAUAAAAUCAUGGAGUCUUCACUUAUUCAGAGUGAAGAAUGUUGACGUCUGGUGUUCACAGAGUGAGUGCAAGAACCUUGGGUGAUACUGCUUGUUUGAAUGUUUUGUCUUCAUGUUAUGUAAACACGCACUGAGCAGAACCUUCUGGAUUUAGAAGGCCAAACACAAAGUGGAUUUAUUUCUGUAGAUGAAAGGUUAUUAUGUUGAUCAACAUAUAGGUGAAAAUUGACCCUUUUGGAUUUUACAGUGGACUCACCCAUCUUGAAUCACGGCGGGGGAAGGUUGUUAAUGAUUUAAAGUCCAGGAAAAGGCAAACUAGUAGAAGCUAACUGUUAGCAUUAGCACCACCACCACUCAGCAGAACUCCUCCAGCCUUGUGUUAUUUGAGGAGAGAAAAUGUCCACGUUGCAAGUCAGUGGUAGAGUUAUCCAGUCUGAGACGGGAUGUCCCAAUAUCGGGAAUAAAGACUCCAGAUCCUGCUGUCUGAAGGUCAGCUGUGAUGUGGCUCACUUCUAGUUCCUGGAAGUGGUGUACCACUGUUUUUGCUCAUAGUACACAAGGUGUUCGAACUUGAGACCUCUGCAGAUGUAUUGAUUAAACAAGUGUUCCACACCUUUAAAGCAGAAAUCCUGUUUUCUCAGAGGGCACAUUUUAAAGACUUACUGUCCAUAAGAAAUGUUGCCAACUCUGCAACUGUUUGACAUCCAAGUUGAACGUGGAGAUCUUCUUCACUGAAUAGCGGGUCUAGGUCAAUUCUUUGUCGGUCUCAGAGGGUUUUUUUGGCAGGCUGUGAUUAGCAUUGUCGAACGCUAUUGGUGGGUCUAGGAAAGAAAACUGAUAUUUACAUCACAGAAUAGGAUCAGACUAUCACUUUUACAGACUUAUAAAAAGCAUACACACCUGAAAAGUUGCUUUAAGUGGCAUUAAAAACCUUAAAUUUGAUUCUAAGCAUUACGAUUAUGUAUGUAAUUUUGAAGAUAAAUGUCUGUAUAAUUAUAAAAUGGACUGUACUGAGUAUACAUGCUGUCAACAUGCAGACUACAGUAUGGGCAUGGUUGGUUAAUAGGAAUCUCUUGGUAAUGAUCAGUGUUAUAAAGUCAUGUGUGGGGAUGCACAGAUGCUUUUCAGGCCUUUGCUCUAACCUCUUAGGUGUGUUAGAUGUUUAGAUGUAUACAUUAUUAGAAUUAUACGACCUCUUUAUUUCACAUUUUAAAUGUUAAUCAUGAAAAUAGUUUUUAAUAAAUUGAAAUAAUUGGA